GUGGAGUAGCUGACCGGAACCGGAAGCUGAGCUUGUAAAGUGAAGAAAAACCGGAGCGCUUGGCGUCUCUCGUCGCUUCCUCCUCUGCCAUCCUCAGAGGUUGUCACCUCUGUGUAGGAGUUGCUGCUGUCACCAUGGCCCUCAGCGAUGCCGACGUCCAAAAGCAGAUCAAACACAUGAUGGCUUUCAUUGAACAGGAAGCAAAUGAGAAGGCCGAAGAAAUAGAUGCAAAGGCAGAAGAAGAAUUCAACAUUGAGAAGGGUCGUCUUGUACAAACACAGAGACUGAAGAUAAUGGAGUAUUAUGAGAAGAAGGAGAAACACAUUGAGCAGCAAAAGAAAAUUCAGAUGUCCAACUUGAUGAAUCAGGCAAGACUGAGAGUCCUCAAAGCCAGGGACGACCUUAUCUCAGACUUAAUAAAGGAAGCAAAGGAGAGACUCGCCAGUAUUGUGAAAGAUACACCCAAGUACCAGGUGCUUUUGGAUGGUCUUGUCCUUCAGGGUUUAUACCAAUUACUGGAGCCCCAAAUGAUCGUCCGUUGCAAGAAAGAUGAUCUCCCUCUGGUCACGGCUGCAGUGCAAAAAGCAAUCCCUUUGUACAAGCUUGCAGCCAAAAGAGAUCUUAAUGUUCAAGUUGAUCAGAAAACAUUCCUGCCCGCAGAGAUAUCUGGAGGUAUUGAGAUCUAUAAUGGAAAUGGUAAAAUAAAAGUUUCUAAUACCCUAGAAAGUAGAUUGGAUCUUAUAGCGCAACAGGUAAGUGGGGGAGUUAUUGAUGUUCGUUUUCCAUUAUUUAUCCCAUGCAAGCUUUUGUGGGGAAGGAUCUAGAGAACAGUGUCUUUGGCUUGUUGGAAAUGAGGGACUCUGAUAUUUGGGAUUUUAUUAUUUUGUUUCUAGAAGGUUCUGUGGAGCUGUGUCAAGAUAGUGAUCAGUGAUCUUGAAGAGAAUCAUUAUCAGGCACUGGGUCCCAUGUACUGAGGUGAUACUUUGAACAUAAAAGAGAAUUAGAGGUCAAAAUAAGAACUCUCUUGAGAGUAUUUUGCCAUGUGUAACACAUCAAUCUCUUGUAGAAAUGAGAGGGAAUUAGGUAAUAUUCUUUUAAGAGUGGUCACUCUACUCAUUGUAUUGAGGAAUUUUUUUUUUAAACCCCUAACCUUCUGCCUUGGAAUCAACACUGUGUUAUAGUUCCAAAGCAGAAGAAUGGUAAAGGCUAGGCAGUUGGGGUUAAGUGACUUGCCCAGGGUCACAAAGUUAGUUUCCCCUAUCUCCAGACCUGACUCUGUCCACUGAACCACCCAGCUACCCCAGGAGUUUUGAUUAAUUGUUCAAGAAAGGGAUUUGUUUGGGAAGUAUCUGUUUUCAGAAAAUUUAAUUUUAACAAGUGACUGCAAGGCCAAAGUAUUCAGUCUUUAAUGAUCACUGCAAAACAGGUUGGGAAUGUCUCUGUACUCCUGAGUACUCCACAGUACUCAGUCUCAGAAGAGUAAUGGCUGAGGCCUAUUCCUCAUCCAGGAGUGAAAGUUGCCCUUUAGGCAAAUACUUGUCCUAUUCACUCUGGGGAGCAACUCCAGAUUUUUAAUGGGUGUAACUUGACCAGAUCAGUUCCAUUCAACUGAACAGGUAUUUUAUUUGUUAAACACUAAACCCUGAGAUAAGGGAGAUUAGUCUGAAAGUGGAAGGGGAAAAGAUUGAGGGAGAAAAGUUUAUUAACAAUUUACUGUUGUAGUCUAAGAGUGUAGUAAGAAGCUGAGAAAACAAGAGUGAGAAAGAUGAGUUUAACCCUUUGAAAAUGUAAGUACUUCUCUAAAGGUUUCUUAAAAGGAGUUAGACUAUCCUGCACAUUAAAUCUUCUAACACUUGUAAGCACUUGUAAGGUGAUCCAAGCUUACAGCCAGAAAGUUUUCUGGUAAGAGAAUAGUCCAAACUUUUCUAAUGAAGUCUUUCUUGUGAUAAUGGAUAUUUAAAACACUUUGCUGAAUUAUGAUGUAUAGAAUGUUAAGACCUACUAAGGGGAAUGGGGUGACUGAGAAAAAGAAUUUAAGAUUUGGAAGAGACCUCUUUGGCCAUGUGUUCAGUCAUCUGUUAAAGGAAUGCACACCAUUUGAUAAAUGAUCAUGUAGCCUCUGAUUGAAGACUUAAAGAAAAAUGGGAACCUAUCCACUACUUCUCCACUGUAUUCCUUUUGGAUAGCUCUGAUUGUUAGAAAGUUUUCCCUAACAUCAAAUAGAACCAAACAGUAACCAGAGAGUUUAUUAAAAUUGCCUGUCACUCAUUGCCUCUGGUUCAGACUGUUAACCUACUUAUUUCUUGAAAUUAUGCCCCUCAGUGCAACCCAACAUCUCAUUAGCUUUUUUUGCCUGCCAUAUCAUUUUGCUGACUCAUUGAGCUUUCAGUCCACUUAACCCCAGUAUCUUUUCAGAACAGCUGCCCAUCAGGGACAAGAACAAAUCCUUUAGGUACUCCCCUGGAGAUGACCAACCAUGUUUACAUUGAACCAUUUGUUCUGGCAAUCCAACUGGUCCUAUCAUUUCUUUCCAUAUUCUCCUCAAGAAUAGUUUGAGGAACUUUAUCAAAAGCUUUUCUGAACUAUCCAUAGCAUCCCUCUCAUUUACUAGUUUUGCAAUUCUUUCCAAAAAGGAAAUGAGGUUUAGUUUGGCAUGAUUUGUUUUUGAAGAUGCCAUACUGGCAAGUUUUUGUUUUUUAAGUUUCUUGUGGAACAUCUUUUUCUUUUGAGCAACUUUUUAGUUUAGAAACAGGUUCAUUUUCAUUAAGUAUAAUCUCAAUAUGACAAACUCAUAUAUGUUUGAUUUGGCCAUGGACUCUUAUAAGUAGGCCUGCUCAUUUUGGGAAUUAGAGUAACCAGAGAGUGUAUUAUCCUUGGUAUGGGGAUAACUGACCUAAUUGGUUUAGGGUGACCAAAGAAUCGCCUAAUUUUUUUCUCAUCUUUCCUGAUACAAGGGUUAUGGAAUAAGGUCUUGCCUCCAAUGGACUGAGACAUAGAUUCUUAGAUCAGGCUGGGAUAAUUAGUUCCUUUAGGUGGCCCACAGGAGACUCAGCUGGCUAUGGAUAAUUAUUGCUUCUUUUUCUAAAGGUUUGCUAAAAAAAAAAAAUCAAGUUCACUGACCUGUAUUGGGUAUACAUUUUGUUCUCUUCCUGUUUUUGAAAACUAGGAUAUGUACCCCCUCUUAAAUGUUGAGUACCUUUUCUAUUUCCCAUGAUCUUUUGACAGUCACUAAAAUGGCUUAUCAGACACAUCUCCACUUCUUUCAGAACACAGUGAUAUAGUUUUUGAGCCAGAUGGCUUGGAUUCAGGCUAGAAGCCUUUAGCUAGAGGAAACUACCUGCUAGUCCUAUUUUUUGUCUUUUCCAUGGUAAAGAUCCUUCUCCUUGGUUGAGAAAAAUGAAAGAAAGAAUUGAAUAGGGUUUUUUUUUUCCUUUCUGUUGUCUGUAUCUUAUUUAACCCAAAUAAGAGUUCAGCCCCACCUAGUUUUAAAGCCUGUUAGGACAUCUUUGUUUUGUUAAAAUAUUCAGUGUACUUUUUUAAUGUUCAUUCAUUGUUAUCACCUCACUCUUUCUGGGUCAACCACUCCCUGCCAAGUCUUUUAGAGGUGGCUGAGGUUUUGUUGUUGUUGUUGUUUUUAGGGUCUCUUCCUUGCAAAUUAUGCCUUCCUCUUCCCUUUUCCUCCAUUCAGUUCCAGCCUUUACCAUCUCUUGUCUGAACUAUUGUUAUAGCUUCCUAAUUGGUUCUGCCUCUAUUCUCUACCUUCUUCAAUUCAUUUCUCACACAGCUACCAAAGCAAUUUAUUAAAUAUUCCUAAAACAAAUAUGGCUUGAUCAAUGUCACAUGUAAAACCCAGUGGAAUUGCACAUUGGCUAUGGGAGGGGCGAAAGGGGAGGGAAAGAAUAUGAAUCAUGUAACCAUGGGAAAAUUUUCUUAAGUAAUCAAUAAAAUAAAAUUUUAAAAGGGAAAAAAAAUUUUCCUAAAACAAACUUCACCAUGUCACUCCUGUAAAAAUUUCCAAUGACUUUCCCCAUUGUCUGUAGGCCAAAUGCUAACUCUAGCCAUUAAAGCCUUUUAUAGUAUGUCUCUAACCAAUCAUUUUAAGCUUAUUACACACAAUUUUCUUUUAGACAUUCUCUUUCAUCCAUUCCCUUGGCUAUAAAACGCUCAUCUUCUUUUAGAAUCUUCCUUCAAAGCUCAGCUGAAGUGCCACUUCCCAAAAGAAGCCUCCUGAUUUCCCUGAGCAGCGCCCUCUCUCCCCUUUCCAAGUUUGUUACUGUCCCCAGCCACCUAAAAUCGUUCAGUUUCAUUCCUGUCUAACUCAUGGCCCCAUUUGGAGUUUUCCGGUUUUUUCCAGUUACAUGUAGAAAUGAUUUUUGAUGAUUGCUUUUUUCACAUUAUAGAAUUCUCCCUUCCCAAGGCAGUGAAUAGUCUGAUAUAGGUUAUAGCCAUACUUAACUGUAAUACAUUUUUCCAUAUUGCUCAUGUCAUAAUAGAAGUCACAUAUCACACAUUCAGUAGAAAUCUCAUGAGAAAAUAUAGUGAAAGAAGGCAUCCUUUGAUGUUCAUUUAGACUCUAAACAAGCAGUUCCUUCUUUGUGGGUAACAUUUUCAUCAUGAAUCACUUGUGGUUAUCUUGGAGGCUUGCUGUGCUGAUCCAUUUGGGGUUUUCUUCGCAAAUAUAAAGGAAUGAUUUGCUAUUUUCUUCUCCAGCUCAUUUUACAGAUGAAGACUUGUGGUGAAAAGGGUUAAGUGACUUGUAUAGGGUCAUAUAGCUCCUGUCUAAGGCCAUAUUUGAACUGGGGAAGAUGAGUCUAAUAACAAGCCCAGUGCACCACCACUGUGCCUCCUUGUUGCUCCCUUUCCAUCUAAAAUUACUUUGUAUUAUUUAUAUGUUAACAUAUUUUCCUCUGGGCACUGUUUAAUAUUUGCUGUCCAGCUCACAUAUGGUUGGUAGGCACUGAAAAGUAGUUAUUGAAUGUUGUGAAUUAACUAACUGGCUCUAACCAAUAAAGGGGAAAAAAAAGCCAACUAUUCUUU